AUGGAUCCUUGGGCUAGAGGCGAUAGGGUGAGCGAGAGCGGUACUCGCCGCCACGUACCCAUCAGCAGCAUCAGAGAACCAUCUGAGCAUUUAUCUCCCAAAACCAGUCACCGGAUCGAUACUCAACAGCCGGAAGAACGCCGAGAUACGACCUUUGCCUCCCAUCCAGACAAAGACGAAGUGCACGAGGCCUUCACUGAUAUUGACCUUGGGCCAGAGCUGGAGAAGCAGGGAGUUCCGCAUCGCCACAGCCAGAGGGCUCUUGGGCUGGUGAUUCUUCUCAGAUACUACGACAACCAGCUUGUGCCUGAAUUGGGUGUCGGAGUACAAUUUGACUCGGUCCUCAUUGUCAUGGUCACAAUUUUCCGACUCUCACUAAUGGGCUUCGUUGGCUCUUGCCUAAGCCAAGGUGCGUGGCUUUGGGUAUCGGAAAUCUCGCAACAACGUUACAGCCACGAUGCGCUGCUGUCAGACUUCAGCGUCUUUGAUGGAUCGUCUCGAGGAAUACGAGGCAGCUUGCGCUUGCUCUGGCGGAUGAAGCUCAAACAUCUUGGGUGUAUCGGCGCGCUUAUCAUCAUCCUAUCACACUGGUUUGAGACCUUCAGCCAGCAAAUGGUUCUCUUUGAGCAGCGCCCCCGAAUUCUCAGCCGUGGCGUUGACUCCGGUAACACACUGGAUGUUCCCAUGGAUCCAGCGGCCGAGUUCAACAUCUUCAAAGUAGCUCCCUCCAACGGAACAUCUCAUCCCAUCACGUCGACAAAUCGGGCCUACUUUUCGGUUUUUGACAUGCUCUCCCUCGUCCAAUCUGAAGAUCAGGGAUUGUCGGUCACGGGUACCGAAUGUGCUCUAUGGUUCUGCGUCCAGAGUUUCAAGCUCUUGGUCUAUGAUGGGACGCACAAUGAGACCAUUGUGGGAAACUGGUCCACCACGGAACGUGCACAUGUCGUUGGUGGCAACCUCCAUGGCGCUGGAUAUACCUUCAUCGGCCUGCCUGAGCAUCUGAAUGCUGACAACACAACGACCUACUCAGUAUCCAAUGAGGCCAUAACCGCUUUGCGAACGUUCAUGGCUGACAUAACGUCUGGAGUUGUCCGCGCCGACACAAACAUGCUGGAUUACUCGUCGGACUGGGUUGAAGCCAUGUGGAACGCAACCAAUAACCUGGAGGCCUGGAUGGAGAGCUUCACGCGAGCCAUGACGGCCGAGGUUCGUAUCAAUGGGAGACUCUCCAACGGACUGGGCGGCACCAAGGUAUAUGCUGGAUCUGCCACGCAGCUUGCCCCUUUUAUCAGAGUCCAGUGGUGGUGGAUGUUUUACCCCGGCUGCAUGCUACUGAUCAGUUUCUACUACUUUGUCCGUACCGUUGUCAUCAGUGCUCGUCAUGGAGUGUCUGCUUGGAAAGGAGAUGCGUUGCCCAUGCUGUUCGUCCGAGUCGACGACAACAUUCAUGCCCACGUCGGGGAUGGCAUGGACGUACCGGGCGGCUUGAUGGACAGAGUUGGGCAUAUCCGGAUUGCCAUGUACAGGGAUGAAGAUGGACAAUGGAGAUUCAGCCACCACCAGCAUCUUUGCCUACACGCCUACUCGUACAAAAUGGCGAGAAAACCUGCAGAUCCUGGCCACAGCUGCCCUACUGAGAAGCUCCCUAGAAGAGUCGAAGCCGCUGUUAAUGGAAGCACCUCCUCCUUCCCUAUCGAGGAAGGAGCUCCAGAGCAGCCGACGAUUUCCACUGGCCGUCUCCAGCCGGGACAGACAAAUCCGAUCCGCGAACGUCAAGGGCUGAGGGACGCGCACCCGGAACUGGGAUGA